CUGUUUCUUUUCAGCUAUAAAAUUGCUUAGGUUUUAGUAGUGACUGCAUUUUAUUAAUUAGAACCCUUUAAAUUUAUUUUUAAAUUGAGGGGAGAGUCAUACAGCACACAACUGAGCGUACAAUUCAGUGGCAUUUAGUAAUUCACAAUGUUGUACAGCCCUCACCUCUAGUAAUCUGAAACUUGUAAUUAUUAAUCUGUCAGUGAAACUGUAAAGGAGAGGCUCGUCCAGGACCAUCUUGUACGGAGACUGGUUCCGAGUUGGGGCAGCGGAGACAGGUGGAUCUCGGUGGAUCCGGGAGAGCCUGGCCCAGGGGCUGUAGAUCCAGAGAGGAAGGCUGGCCCUGCCCCCAUGUGUGCCCCCAGGACACACACACCCUUUCCACUGUGUUUGUUUGAACAGUCAGCCCUCAGCAGAGGUCAGGGUCACCUCCGCUCUCAGGCCCUCAAGCCCAUCUGGGGUUCCACUCAGGGAGCAGAACACCAGGUCCUGUCUCUCCCUUCCUUCUCCAGCCUUUCUCCUGCUCUCCGAGCUCGAAGAGUUUUUAAAAAAUAUCUUUGUCAGCAAAUAUUUUUAGGCUAGAAUCUUGCUUUGUUAAGCUCUGCAACCAAUAAUUUCUUUUUUCUGAUUUCUGUUCUAACGAUCUUCUGUUGAAGGAAUGAACAUCUAGUAUCUAGUUUGAAUGGGCAGGGGUGGUAGGGUAGUCAGUGGGGGAAAGAAUUUUAGAAACUGAAAGGGAAAAUAGAUAAUUCAGCAAUAGUGCAGAUUUUUAAUACUCCAUUUGAUAACAGGACACUGUCACUUGGCUGAACCUGUUUAUAGAACAUUCCACCAUCAUUUUCAGGUGCUCAUGGAACAUUCUCCCAGGAUAGAUGAUAUCACAGACCACAAGACAAAUCACAAUAAGUUUUAAAAGACGGAGAACAUACUUUGCAUAAUUUCAAACUCCAGUGGAAUUAGAUAUCUACAACAGAAGUCUGGAAAGCCCCCCAUGUUUGGAAGUUAAAUAACACAUCUAAAUAGUGUGUGGGUGAAAAUGAAAACACAGUAUAUCAAAAUGUGUGGGAUACAGCUAAAGCAGUGGUACAGAAAGAUGUACCGUUUUUUAACACCUAUAUAAGAAAAGGCCUCAAUUAAAAAAAUCUCAGCUUCUACCUUAAAACACUAAAGAAGAGCAGACAAACCCCAAGGGAAGCAGAAAGAAAGAAUGAUUAACAAGGAAAUCAGUGAAACAGAAAAACCACUGAUCAACAAAGUAACACACCAAUUAACAAAAUCAUGAAUGAAAGAGGGGACAUCACUACUAAUUCUACAGAAAUGAACAGGCCUUAUAAGGGAAUACCAGGGAGACUGUACCAACAAACUAGAUGAAACGGACAAAUCCCUAGAAAGACACAAAUCACUGAAACUGAUUUAACUAAAGUCAAGUCUUUAUACAAAGGAAAGCUCAGGUCCAUGUGGCUUCACCAGUUACAUGCUAUCAGUAACACCAGUCACUCACAAACUCUCAGAAAAUCCAACUCAUUUUGAGAGGCUAGUGUUAUCCUGAUACCAAAGUAAAAGACAUCACACACACACACACACACACACACACACACACACACGCACACACGCCAGAGAUCAUGUGUCUCACAUGAACAUGGUUGUAAAAUCCUUAAAAUAUUAGCAACUGAAAUACAGCAACAUACACCAUGGCCAAGCAGGAUUUAUCACAGGAAUGCAAGGUUGGUUAAACAUCUAAAAACCAGUUAACAUAAUAAACCAUUUUCACAGAAUAAAGGGCAGAAUUCAUAAGAUCAUCUCAAUAGAUGCAGGAAAAUAUCUGGCAAAAAUCCCACAACCACUUGUGAUUAAAAAAUGUCAACAAACUAGGAAUAGAUGAGAACCUUUUCAACCUGAUAAAGGACAUCUGUUAAUUUCCAAAUGCUGCUGUAUCAGAUCAUUACAUACGUAGUUGUUCAAAACAUCACAAGUGUAUCAUCUGACAGUUCUGGAGAUCAGAGGUCUGAUACGAUUCUCAUGGGACUAAAAGCGUCGGCAGAGCUGUUCCUUCUGGAGGCUGCCGGGGACUUUCCUUGCCCUUUCCUACUGCUAGAGACGCCUGCAUUCCUUGGCUCCUGACCACCUCCCUUCACUUCGAAAGUCAGCAACUGUGGGUUGAGUCCUCUCAUUGUCUCACACCGACCUCUUCUGAUCCCCUCUUCUUCCACUUUUAAGGACCCUUGUAACUACAUUGGGGCCUCCUGGAAAAUCCAUGUUUAUCUUACGGUCAGCUGAUUAGCAACCUCAUUUUCCCUUUGCCAUGUAACCAGACACAUUCACAAUUCCAGGGAUAAGGACAUGGACAUCUGUGUUUGGGACAGCAUCUGUGAAGACCACAAGCUAGGCUCCUAAUUCAUGGUGAAUGAUUGAAUUCUUCCCUGUAAAAUCAGGAACAAGGGGACUCACUCUUGCCACUUCUCAACAUUGUACUAGACCUGCAGUUAAGGCACACACAGAAGGCAGCGUGCACACUGGGAAGGAGGAUUGUAAAAGUGUCCUUCACAGAUGGGACCCUGUAUGGAGCUGAUCUUAAGGAGUCCAGAUACACAAACAUACCUGAAACUAGUAAGUUUAGCAAGGUCCUGGGAUGCAAUAUAACAGAAACCUGCUGUGUUUAUACAUACUAAUGACAAUCUGAAAAUGAAAUUAAGAAAAUUCCAUUCACAAUAGCAUCAAAAUAAAAUACUUAGAAAUUACUUUAUCAAAAGUAGUACCAGAUUUAUACACUGUAAACUACAAAAAAAAAAAGCUAAGAGAAAGAAGAUCCAAGUAAAUGGCUAGAUAUUCUAUAUUCCUUGAUUAGAAGAUCUUUGUGAUCUUGGGUUGGGUAGAAUUCUUAGACACCACAUCAAAAUCAUAAGCCAUGGAAGAAAAAACUGAUCAAUUGGACUUAAUUAAAAUAAACUUUUGUACUUCAAAAGCCAACAUUUAAAAAAAUGGAGACAAGCCACAAAUGGAAAAAUAUCUGCAAAUGUUAUCUCUGAUAGUCCAUAGCUUAUAGUCUUGUAUCUAUGAUAUCUAGUCUUGUAACUCAGUAGGAACACAGCUCAAUUUAAAAAAUGGGCAAAAGUCUUAGACAUUACACUGUAGAUAUAAAAAUGCCAAUAAACACAUGAAAAGGUGCCCAGCAUCAAUUGUCAGAGAAACAGAACAGCUCAGAACAACAAAACAAAACUGACCAUACCAAAUACUGAUGGAAUGUGGAACUGGAAUUCUCAUACUUUGUAAAGUGAAACAAUCAUUUUGGAAAACAGGGUUUUAAAAAAUUUAGACAUAAAUACUAUGUCAGCCAGCAGUUCCACUCCUGAGAGCCCACCCAAGAGGAGUGAAACCUGUAUCCACACAAAAACUCAUACACAAAUGUUCAAGGCAACAUUAUUCACAAUAACCCCAAAACAGAAACAAGCCAGAUGUCAACAAAUGUGGCAAAUGCAUAAAAAAAUGCAUAAAAAAGUAUUGAUCAGCCAUAACAAUAAUGCAGCACUGACACACCAUCAUGUGCAUGAACCCUGAAAACACGUUCAGUGCAAAAGGAGACAGAAGACCAUAUACUGUUCGAGAAUGUUCUAAAGCUGGACUAUGGGUGUGGCUGCACUAUACAAAUUUAAUAAGAAUCACUGAGUUGUAUACUGGUAAUGGUUGGCUUUUAUGGUGUGGGAAUCACAUUUCAAUAAAGGUGUUUUAGAAAAAGAACUGUGUUCCCAGCCACAUGUUGCAAGUCAAUCAAAAAGCACAAACCAUUCCAGACUCCAGUUUUUGGCUGUAAACAGAAAAGGCCAUUUUUGUUAGUAGUUAUUCACUGGAUGGUGUUAAUUUGAUUCAAACUAAGUUCUAAUUCAGACAAUAAAAGUUAAGCAAGUAUUUACACCCUCUUUGAGAUACUAAAGUACUGUUAACACUCAGAGGAAAGACAACUUGGGGUAUAUUUGUACCCACAUGGUUGGUCUACUUUUGUGGCUAGUUUACUCUUCUUGGUCCAGGCUGGGUGACAGCAGACAUGUAAUGCAGUAUACUAGGAAACAAGACUGCUGGCUAAUGUUCAGCUAGGAACAAAUUAAUGCAAGGUUAUUUUAAAGUUACAGUGAACUUCAUCGUAGCCUUCUAAACGACCUGUCUUGAAUCUAGACUUUCCUCAUUUUAUGUGGUGUCACGUUACUAUUACUUGGAGACAGAAUUUCUCUGAUAGUGGCAUUAGAGUAUGAUGGGCUGGAACCUGGGUCUAGGUUUUAGGGGGUCCUCGUGGUGUUGGAGGAUUGACAGCAACUCACAAGCAGCUAGUAAGAAAGAAAACUGUCAAUUUUGUUGAAUCGGUCCUUAACCACCAUCUGUUUCCUGGUUUCCAAAGCAAAAGGCUGGGACUGUCUCAUCUAUGGAUGCUCAUAAUUUGUGUCUUACUUUCUCCUUUGAGGCUGUCUUUAUUUAUUGGAACACUAUAGUAUAAGAGGGGUAGUUGGUGUUAAUGAUGCAGUGUAAUUGCUCUGGGCUUAUGACUAUGUUUAUGUAAGACUGUUGCUUUUAGUAUAUGAUGUUGAACAUCUCGGGACUACCCUUAUGGUAAUUCUAGUCAGUCAGUCACUAGUAACCAGUGCGUCACUUAGUUUUGGGCUUACCUUUACAAGGUUAGGAAAAUUUGUUUCAUCCAGAAGUAUUUUAAGGAGUAAGAGAGAUGGUCAUUGGAAGAGAUUAUAUAAAGUCUGUCCAGUGGACAACUUUAGUACUAACUACAUAGUUUAAAGCUUUUGCAGUUGCUAUGCUUAUAUGAACAGAUUUAUUUUAAAAGUAACUAUAUUUUUUUCAUUCUCCUUGAAGGGCAUUGGUUUUUUUUCCUUUUGAAAUGUAGUUCCCUCUGCUCCCCUAAACUCGUGCUCAAACUUAAAAACUGAUUGAUGGAUAUAUUUUUGACUUUUUAAUUAAAACAUUAAUUUGUGAAUGAAAACAAAAGAACUGUUGGGUAAAGGCACCACAGAUAAUACUUUACUACAGUGUCCCAAUAUACUUCUAGAAAAAAACUUCAGCCUAGACAAACCAAAUGAAAUUAAGGAGGAAAAAAGACAACACUUGUAAUAGUAUUAAAAGAAACAACCAUCUAUAAGGAAAAAAAAUCUAAAAAAAUCUAUGCAAGAUCUUAAUGUGGAAAUCUACAAGACCACUGAAGGGAACUGAGGACCCAGAUAAAGGGCGGGCUCAGGCCACGUGCACAGACUGGGAAACUCCAACUGCAGCACACAUCACAACUGGACAGGCUUUUGUUUGAUUUUGGACACCUGACAAGCUGCUCCCACAGUGUACAAGGAACCGCGCAGGGCCACUAAUAGCCGAGAUGCUCUUGGAGCGGGAGGAGGGGGGAGGAUGUGCUCUCCCUCUGGUUCAGGGGGAGCCCAGAAAGGGCUUAUGCAGGCCCUGACUUAAUGGCAAAGAUGGCGCCAGAGAGCCAGGAGGAGAGGAAAGGCCCUGCACUAAACGUGGGGAGGAGACCGUCACCAACAGAACGCAAGGACCACCACCUCACUCUUAGAAAGUGAGUUAGAGACAGCGUGGCCCACGGAUGUCACAGAGAAGGGUAGGGCGGUUACAUGUUCACGAGGUGUUUUGAAGAGAAUACAUUCAAGUCCAUGUGCCAAACAGGACUAGAAACAAUGAACAGCUGGAUACUUCAGACUACAUUAAAAAAACUUUUUGGAGUCUUUCCACAUGACAAGCAUCUUGUGAGACCACAUUAAAAUCAAGAACUCUCAUCAGAAUGAUGACGAGACUGGAGAAGCAAACCACGGUGCAGUAGAAAACAUGGGCCACACAUACCUGACCAAGGAGCUUGCGUCCGGACAGUUUUCAAACAAAAUCAGCAGGAGACUUAACUGUACUUAACAAACAGGACAAUCCACUGGCUAAUGAGCUGCCAUCAUUGGUGAUGGAGGCAACAUGGAACGAUGAAAGCCACCGUCCACCCGCCUUAGUGGCUGAGAGCAGACAGGGUAAGGGUGGUGUCAAGGGCACUCCCGUUAGCCCCAGGAGGGUGUGACCCCCAACUGCCCAGGAAGGGUUGGCCUCCUGCCAGCACAACAUACCCUGGUCCCAGCGAUUCCACUCAGGGCCCACAGAAAUGCAUGCAUGCAGGCCCCAGGGGGUUGCAGCGGCACUGCUGGCAACGACCAGGACAUCCCUCAAGCCACAGGCGGGUCAGGCGCCCACAGCGUGAAGGAGGAUGAAGGGAGGACUGUGUCUAUGACAGCACAGGAGUAGCCAGGCCCAGGGCUUCUGUAUGGCAUCACUGCUGCAAAGAUCGGAAACUGGCAAGGAAACCAGACUUCUCGGGGGGGAUCUCGGGUGGAGAGACACGAGGGCGGUAAUGAGCCUGUAAGUCAGCACAGGUCGCUUCAGGGAGCAGGGACCAGAGUCGGCCCCGGGGCGGCCAGGACAGCAGUCUUUUCAAACUCAGUGGGCUGAACACUCAUGUUACUGCAGGACUCAAGAAACAUUUAAAAGUACCUAAUCCGGCUGCCAAAAACCUGAUAAGGGUUCCCUGCCCCAUAAGCUCAACUGGGGGUUUACAGGACCUUUCCCACCCUGACCCUCUGAGGCCCUCUGAACUUGAAAAGAUGGAAACACUGACUCUCCUUCCCAGGCCACGUGCACCAGCCCCACCAUCCAGGAGCUCCUGCUGAGUCUGCGCUUUGUCCUGUGUAAACGUAUGUUUACCGUGUAAAUUUCUGGGUGUGGACUUUCUCCCUGCAGAUCUAUAAUUUCUCAGAAGAGAAGCUGAGAACGACCUGGAAAAAAAAUCAAAGCUCAGACCCACUGCCCUAGGCAGAGCAGAGCAAAUGGUGGGAAGGCAGCCAGAGAAAGGGUCCUCAGUAAUGAGGGAAAGUGUGGCUGGAGGCCCAGCCCCGGGAUGUGUGGUUUGAGCAGGGAGAGCAGAGACUGGGUUCCCAGGUGGAGAGGGGAGGACGGUGCUCCAGCUCCAGCAGACACCCCAUUCCCCCAUCUAACCCGUGGUGGCUUUAGGCCCAGCUGCAGCCUGUGCAGCGCAGCAUGGCCGUGUCCCCACAGGAGCCCUGGAGGACAGCCUGGGCCCCACUACUGGUGGAGACUGGUCUCACGGCCACAAGACCUGGCCCCCGAGGCUAGGCCAUCCCCCACUCUCUCCCUGGGAGGACGGUGCCGGGGAAAGCAAACACAAAGUGGCCGGGGCCCUGCCAGGCAUUCCUAGAAGAGACUGGGGGGAGGGGCAGGGGCCAGACACCAGCUGACCCCGAGGUCAGGGGAGAAGCCAAGGCUGGGCCAGGCCCCCAGGGGCUUCAACAAGAAAGAAUCCCACCCAGGCAGUUAGGAACUGGGGAGAAGGGUGGGAGUGGUCAGCAUGCCAGGGCAGAGUAUUGCUCCAGCUUAACUCCCACAAGGCCAUCUGCUGGGCGGGGAGACCCCAGGAGCUGCCCAAGGGGCCCCCACCCACGAGCAGAGGGCUGGCUGCACACCAGCCCCUCACAGGCUACUCCAAAGGAGACCCCCGCCCUCCACUGCCUGCGGGCCCCAGCUCUGCUCCGCCCAGCCCUGCAGGGGGAUGGGAAGAUGGAGGGAUGGGAAGAUGGGGGGAUGGGAAGAUGGGGGGAAUGGGAAGAUGGGGGAUUGGCCCUUGUUGGCCCUCAGGUCUGCAUACAGCCCACCUUGUACCCUGAAGGUGCUUCAGGGCAGAUGCAGCCCCCAGCCUGUCCCCUAUGCCAUCUUCACCCUGGGGGCUCAGUGCCGAUGCUGGCAGCCCGGCAGGAGAGGGUUAACGAAGCUGGGGCCAGCAGGGCUGGGCUGGCCGGUGACAAGGGUGCUGGCUGCCCCAGCAGCGGGUGGGGAAAUCCAGAGGGCAGGAGCAGCUGGCCCCAGCAGACGCCCCCCCUGCUCGCUGCCUGCAGCCUGCUCUGCACGCGGGAUGGCCCCAAGGAAAGGAGGCCUGGCCCUGGCGGUGCUGCUGGUCUCCUGGGCAGCGCUGGGCCCCCGCAGCCUGGAGGGAGUGGAACCUGGGGUGCCAGCAGACACUGAGGGCCUGCAGUGCCCGGCAGUCUGCGUCUGCGGCCACGACGACUACACAGACGAGCUCAGCGUCUUCUGCAGCUCCCGGAACCUCACCCGGCUGCCCGACGGCAUCCCAGAGGGUGCCAAGGCCCUGUGGCUGGAUGGCAACAACUUUUCUUCCGUCCCCACGGCGGCCUUCCGGAACCUCUCCAGCCUGGGCUUCCUCAACCUGCAGGGCAGCCAGCUGGCCAGCCUGGAGCCACAGGCGCUCCUGGGCCUGCCGAACCUGUACCACCUGCACCUGGAGCGGAACCAGCUGCGCAGCCUGGCAGCCCGCACCUUCCUGCACACACCGGGCCUCGCCUCACUCGGCCUCAACAACAACCUGCUAAGCCGGGUGGACGAGGGCCUCUUCCAGGGUCUGGCCCACCUCUGGGACCUCAACCUGGGCUGGAACAGCCUGGCCGUGCUGCCUGACACCGCGUUCCAGAGCCUGGCCAACCUGCGGGAGCUGGUGCUGGCGGGCAACAAGCUGGCCUACCUGCAGCCCGCGCUCUUCUGCGGCCUCAGCGAGCUCCGGGAGCUGGACCUGAGCAGGAACGCCCUGCGGAGCGUCAAGGCCAACGUCUUCGUCAAGCUGCCCAAACUCCAGAAGCUCUACCUGGACCACAACCUCAUCGCGGCCGUGGCCCCGGGCGCCUUCCUGGGCCUGAAGGCGCUGCGCUGGCUGGACCUGUCGCACAACCGCGUGGGCAGCCUCCUGGAGGACACCUUCCCGGGCCUGCUGGGCCUGCACGUCCUGCGCCUCUCCCACAAUGCCCUCGCGGGCUUGCGGCCCCGAACCUUCAAGGACCUGCACUUCCUGGAGGAGCUGCAGCUGGGCUACAACCGCAUCCGGCAGUUGCCCGAGAAGGUGUUCGAGGGCCUGGCCCAGCUGGAGGUGCUCGGGCUCAACAACAACCAAAUCCAAGAGAUUAAGGUGGGCGCCUUCCUGGGCCUCUUCAAUGUGGCUGUCAUGAACCUCUCUCGCAACUGCCUGCGGAACCUUCCAGAGCAGGUGUUCCAGGGCCUGAGCAAGCUGCACAGCCUGCACCUGGAGGGCAGCUGCCUGGGCCGAGUCGGCCUGCACACCUUCACCGGCCUCUCAGGGCUGCGCCGGCUCUUCCUCAAGGACAACAGCAUCACGGCCAUUGACGAGCAGAGCCUGGUGGGGCUAGCCGAGCUCCUCGAGCUGGACCUCACCUCCAACCAGCUCACACACCUGCCCGCCCGGCUCUUCCAGGGCCUCAGCAAGCUGGAGUACCUCCUCCUCUCCCGGAACCGGCUGUCGGUGCUCUCGGCGGACGUCCUGGGGCCCCUGCAGCGCACCUUCUGGCUGGACGUCUCCCACAACCGCCUGGAGGUGCUGCCUGAGGGCGUGCUCUCCCCGCUGGGGCGGCUGCGCUACCUCAGCCUCCGGAACAACUCGCUGCGGACCUUUGUGCCCGAGCCACCUGGCCUGGAGCGCCUGUGGCUUGAGGGCAACCCCUGGGACUGCAGCUGCCCCCUCAAGGCCCUGAGGGCCUUGGCCCUGCAGCACCCCAGCAUCGUGCCCCGCUUCGUCCGGGCCAUGGUGGAGGGGGACGAUGACCGCCAGCCGCCUGCCUACACCUACAACAACAUCACCUGUGCCAGCCCCACCAGCGUCUCGGGCCUCGACCUGCGUGACAUCAGCGAAGACCACUUUGCUCGCUGCUGACCUGAGGCUGCCCAGGCCGGACACCACCCCGUUCACCUGCCGGGGUCCCAACCCCAGGGGACAGUCUUGGGGAUUUGCCAGCACAGGCUCUGGACCUGUGGCCACCAGCCUGGUCCUGGAGGGCCUGACCAGGAGGGUCAGGGACACGGCCACCACAAAGGCCCAUAGCCCUCCCCAGCUGUCAACAAUUAAAAGCAGCCUAAUAAACAUGCCGUGUGACA